AAAAACCCCCCCCCCCCCAAGUAGCAAUUGAAUAUUCAUCUUCUUCACCUCUUAGUUUUGCAGUUGUGGGAGAGAAGGAAACCAUUAGGAGGACCUGUCAUCUCCACCUGGCAUCUCCCAUGCAACCAAUAAGAAUAGUGAACCAUCCCAAGUUCCACUCUCACCCUAAACACUCCCCUUACAUUAAAAACCACCCUAUUGUUCAACACCUGCUUUUGUAGCCCCAAAGCAUGACUUGGGGGCAAAUAAACAAGGCUUGAUAUGAGAUGAACUGGGACCACUCUGACCCCCCUUUCGCCAGACGAAAGGGGGAAAUCACCUGAGACGCUAUCUGCGUGUCAGAAAAGUACAGUCCGAUUUCCAGAGACUCGAAGCUGACUUCGAGUCUCCUGUUCGGGUUCGAGAAGUUGGCCAGAAAGGCCAACUCCGCGUUCAGGGACUGGAGGGAGUUGAGGUAGGCGAAGCUGAGGGUCCCACCCGGGGUGUCGAACCCCGGGUUUCUGGGCCUGAUGCCGAGGAAGACGACGAGGGUCGCCGCGCCGGAGAGGAUCAAGAGGAUGCUGAAGAUCAAACACAGGAAUGAGAUGCACCACACCGCCGGGUUCGUCUUCCGGCCUCCGGCGGAUCUUAGUUUGGGAUAUGUGUUGUGUAGUGUGACUGGCUUGGUCGUCGUCUUCCGGUGUGGGGUCUCCGGCUUCGGCGGCGGCGCGUGUUGUGUUGGGGAUGGAGUGGUUCGGGCUGAUGAGGGGGGUGGAGGGAGAGGCAGCUUUGUUGUGGGCGGCGGCGGCGGCGGGGGGAGCAUCAUGGGGGAAGAGUAUUCAGGGGAGAAGAAGUUCAAGCUCUCGGAAGAAGUCAUGGGUAUUGAAAAGUGAUUGUAUUGAAGAUUGAUUGAAUGAAAGGAGCUUAAGGAAGAGGAGGAGGAAUUUAAAAGAAAGGAAAAAGUUUGAAAAGGUUGGUGUAUGAUUGUAUAUAUAUACUUAAUUAUCCCUAUGAUAGUUAAAUAAGGGCAUUGUACAUCACAAAAAACUUUAGUGAUGUUU